AUGCUCAUCUCCGCCAUCCUACCUUGGACCACUGAACGUAUGCAGCGGAACAAGAAUGCAUUUUCUAGCAUAGAGUGGGUCACGAAUGCUACGCUACAGCUUCAGCGGCUCGCACACGAGGCGAUCGGUGUAGGAGAUUGGGAAGGCGCCUGUGAUGAUUAUCCACGGACGAGAGAGAGCAGUGUUCUAGCUGUGCUUGAUAUCACUGAUCGAAAACAUCCUGUUUUGAGAUUACCACAGGCUGCAGACAUCAGGAAUGAAAAAGAAAAGCAUCGAAUGGCGAAGAGAAUACAGUAA